GGCAUAUUCUGUACUAACUAAGCGGGUGAGUAUAGCCUUCUUACAGUCGCGCCGUCUUUCAUAUAUCUUUAAGCAAGACAAAGGCCGCAAUUUAUAUUGGAGAGCGUUUUAUUAAUGCUGAUGUCUCUGCUAUCCAUCUGAUAGCAAGAAGAUGUCCACCCCUGACCCACCCAUGGGGGGCACCCCUCGUCCGGGUCCCUCCCCAGGUCCAGGGCCCUCUCCCGGGGCCAUGCUGGGCCCCAGCCCUGGGCCCUCACCAGGCUCCUCGCACAGCAUGAUGGGGCCCAGCCCGGGGCCUCCCUCGUCUUCUGGGGGCCACCCCCUGCCCCAGCCUGGGUCCUCCAGCUACUCCCAGGAGAGCAUGCACCCUCUGCACAAACCAAUGGAGAGCAUGCAUGAGAAGGGCAUGAGUGAGGAGACCCGCUUCACCCAGAUGAAGGGCAUGCCCUUGAGGCAGGGCGGUCACAGUGGCAUGGGCCCCCCACCCAGCCCCAUGGACCAGCACUCUCAAGGCUACCACUCUCCAUUAGGGGGCUCCGACCACUCCAGCCCGGUCCCUGCCAACGGCCCUCCCUCCGGCCCUCUCCUCUCCUCCUCGUCCUCCUCCUCUUCCUCCUCCUCUGGAGGUCCGGGUCAGGGCCCGGGCCCUGCCCCCCUGGACGGCCCCAGUGGGGACCCACAGUCCCUGGGCCAACAGAACCGUCCGGGACCCACCACCACCACAGGCCCUGGUCCUGGCUCGUCUGCCGGGGGCCCCGGGGGGCCCACACCCUUCAACCAGAACCAGCUCCACCAGCUGAGGGCCCAGAUCAUGGCCUACAAGAUGCUGGCCCGCGGGCAGCCCCUCCCAGACCACCUGCAGAUGGCGGUCCAGGGGAAGAGGCCCAUGCCUGGGAUGCAGCAGCAGCAGCAGCCUCUGCCCAGCCUGGCCCCUGGAGUUGGGGGUGGAGGAGGGGGGCCAGGGCCCGGACCAGGACCGGGGCCCAUGAGCCAGGGAUAUACCCGAGCCCACGGGAUGAUGGGGCCCAACAUGCCCCCCCCAGGCCCAUCUGGGGGACCGGCCGGGAUGCAGGGUCAGAACCCCAACGGACCCCCCAAAUCCUGGCCUGAAGGGCCCAUGGUGAACGCGGCCGCCCCCUCCAACGCCCCCCAGAAGCUGAUCCCUCCGCAGCCCACAGGCCGGCCCUCCCCGGCCCCGCCCUCCGUGCCCCCGGCCGCCUCCCCGGUCAUGCCCCCCCAGACCCAGUCCCCGGGGCAGCCGGCCCAGCCCGCGCCCAUGGUGACCCACCACGCCAAGCAGAACCGCAUCACGCCCAUCCAGAAGCCCUGCGGCCUGGAUCCUGGGGAGAUCCUGCAGGAGAGGGAGUACAGGCUGCAGGCUCGUAUCACCCACCGCAUCGUCGAGCUGGAGAACCUGCCUGGCUCCCUGGCUGGAGACCUGAGGACCAAGGCCACCAUCGAGCUCAAGGCCCUCCGCCUCCUCAACUUCCAGAGACAGCUGCGUCAGGAGGUGGUGGUGUGCAUGCGGCGGGACACGGCCCUGGAGACGGCCCUGGACGCCAAGGCCUACAAGCGCAGCAAGCGCCAGUCCCUGAGGGAGGCGCGCAUCACAGAGAAGCUGGAGAAGCAGCAGAAGAUCGAGCAGGAGAGGAAGCGCCGGCAGAAGCACCAGGAGUACCUGAACAGCAUCCUGCAGCACGCCAAAGACUUUAAGGAGUACCACCGCUCCAUCACGGGGAAAGGCCAGAAGCUGACCAAGGCGGUGGCCACCUACCACGCCAACACGGAGCGCGAGCAGAAGAAGGAGAACGAGCGCAUCGAGAAGGAGAGGAUGAGGAGGCUGAUGGCGGAGGACGAGGAGGGCUAUCGGAAGCUGAUCGACCAGAAGAAGGACAAGCGCCUGGCCUACCUGCUGCAGCAGACGGACGAGUACGUGGCCAACCUCACGGAGCUGGUCCGCGCCCACAAGGCCGUGCAGGCGCUCAAGGAGAAGAAGAAGAAGAAGAAGAGGAAGAAGAAGCUGGAGAACGCCGAGGGCCAGACUCCAGCCCUGGGCCCGGAUGGAGAGCCUCUGGAUGAGACGAGCCAGAUGAGUGACCUGCCUGUGAAGGUGAUCCAUGUGGACAGUGGCAACAUCCUGACGGGGGUGGAUGCCCCCAAGGCCGGACAGCUGGACACCUGGCUGGAGAUGAACCCUGGCUACGAAGUGGCCCCGCGCUCUGACAGCGAAGACAGCGGCUCCGAAGAGGAAGAGGAGGAAGAGGAGGAGCUCCAGCCCUCCCAGGCUCCAGUGGAGGAGAAGAAGAAGAUUCCGGAUCCCGACAGCGAGGACGUGUCGGAGGUGGACGUGCAACACAUCAUCGAACACGCCAAGCAGGACGUGGACGACGAGUACGGCAGCGCCGCGUUCGCCCGGGGGCUGCAGUCCUACUAUGCCGUCGCCCACGCCAUCACCGAGAGGGUGGACCGCCAGUCCACGCUGCUCAUCAACGGCCAGCUCAAACAGUACCAG